AUGAACAGAGUUGCCUCCAACCUUUCGCGGAUCUGCCCCAGAGUACUGGUAUACUCGUACAGAUGCGCGAGCACCACUCCGUCAGCACAAGGUCGUCUUCAUGUUCUGUACGGCUCCAACCCGAACGGAUUCAUUCGGUACGAAAGGGAUGUCUCCAGAGAUCCCAGAGUCAAGGUUCCUCAGAAGCAAGGUGACACUCCUCUCAGGUGGGUACUGUACUUUAUUUGUGUCGUUGAGGUUUUAGGUGACGUUUGAAUGCUAAUGUAUCUUAAGCAUUUAGUUCACAAUUUAUUUUAAUUUUCUUCAGAUUCAUGCUACGUCGCCUUGGCCACGCCUACGAAGUGUAUCCCUUGAUUUUCCUGGUCGGUGUUUGGUUCGUUUUGUUCUGUUACGUUACGUGGUUCAGUUUUGACAAAGUUGAAGUGUGGCUUGACAGAAGUGAGUUUUAGUCAUAUUUCGAAUAAUUUUUUAUUUUUUUUAAAACAUUUUUUGUUAUUAUUGGCAUGAGUAUCUAAUUUUAUGUUGUUUUAGGUCAAAAGACGGCUCCAUGGGAUUGGGAAAGGAUCAGAAACAACUACUGGAAGAAGAAUACCGUAAUGUAUGUUUACUUAUGGUAUUUAUAAAGAGGAAUGACUGUUUUUAAACUUUUGUUUAAGAUAAUAUCAAACUUGUCCAAUAUCUUGUAAUAAUUUGCAUAUUUUUAGUGGUGACAUCAAUGGCUUUACUCACAAACGUCUCGAAAUCAUGGAGAAGCUUCAGGACAAGAUGCUGGAAGCUGCCAAGAAGCGUGGAACUCGCUGA